CCCUAAUUCCCAACAUCUGAUGUUUCGGGAAAGAAUGCUUCCGCCCCCACUUCUGGUUUCCCACUUUCACCCCUCUCACUCGCUAUACUUUUCUCUAUUUCUUACUACCACUCCGACCUUUCCCACCAUCUACUCUAUCUCCACCCUCCUCCCUGGGCGGUUCUCUUUAGACUAUGUGUAAAGUAAUCACGUGGAAUGUGAAGGGGUUGAAGUCCCCUCAAAAAAGAAUUAAAAUUCUGCGUUAUCUGAAAUGUCUGGGCCCUGAUAUCGUACUUCUACAAGAGACACACCUGGUGGAAGCAGACUUUUUGAGGAUGCAGAAGCUUUGGGUGGGGAGGGCCCUGGGUUCGUCCGCAGUAGAUGGUAGGUCUGGAGUGUUGACCUUAAUACAUAAAUCUUUUGCGUGUAAGAUUCUCUCUCAUGAAGCUGAUGAGGCGGGUAGACUAUCUCUGGUACACCUCGAGCACAAUGGGAACUCUUAUAGUAUCUAUAACAUAUAUGCACCAAACAAUGACAAUAACUAUUUUUUUGCGUCCCUAGCAGAUACUGUUCAGCACUCGGCAGGACCUUUCACCAUCCUGGGAGGCGACCUGAACUCGGUCGUGGACCCACUCCUAGAUCGUAAAAGUACCCUACCCUCCCAAUUGCCUACGAGAUCAAGUGAUAAGAUAAAUUAUGGGAAAGUGUCUCAUCUCUCAACAUAUGAAAUGGAGGUGAUUUCUGAAGUCGAUGGGUGGUUGCCUGUGGUAACACACAAGAAGAGAGAGUACAACAGGAUUCUCAUUGCCCAGCUGAAACAUUGAACACUCCAAGUCACAUGAACCAGCGUACUGACUGCAGAGGGUUUCCACCUCAGAUUAUAGGGUAAGCCGGUCACACACUGUGGCGAUCAACUUGUUAAGUGUCUCAGACUGCUAACUGC